AAAAUGACGGCGCAGGUAACCCUGGAGGACGCCCUGUCCAACGUGGAUCUCCUGGAAGAAUUGCCGCUGCCCGACCAGCAGCCCUGCAUUGAACCCCCGCCGUCUUCGCUGCUCUAUCAGCCCAACUUCAACACCAACUUCGAGGACCGCAACGCCUUUGUCACCGGCAUCGCCAGGUACAUCGAGCAGGCGACCGUGCACUCCGGCAUGAAUGAAAUGCUGGAAGAAGGCCAGGAAUAUGCCGUUAUGCUGUACACGUGGCGAAGCUGCUCCAGAGCCAUUCCCCAGGUGAAAUGCAACGAGCAGCCGAACCGAGUGGAGAUUUACGAGAAGACCGUGGAGGUGCUGGAGCCGGAGGUCACCAAGCUGAUGAAUUUCAUGUACUUCCAGAGGAACGCGAUUGAGCGUUUCUGCGGGGAAGUGAGGCGCCUGUGCCACGCGGAGAGGAGGAAGGACUUCGUGUCCGAAGCCUACCUCGUCACCCUGGGCAAGUUCAUCAACAUGUUCGCUGUUUUGGACGAACUGAAAAACAUGAAGUGCAGCGUGAAGAACGAUCAUUCGGCCUACAAGCGGGCUGCCCAGUUUUUGCGGAAAAUGGCCGAUCCUCAGUCGAUUCAGGAAUCCCAGAACCUUUCCAUGUUCCUGGCUAACCACAACAAGAUUACUCAAUCCCUGCAGCAGCAGCUUGAAGUGAUCUCCGGCUACGAGGAGCUCCUGGCAGACAUUGUGAAUUUGUGCGUGGACUACUACGAAAAUAAAAUGUACCUGACCCCCAGCGAGAAACAUAUGCUUCUUAAAGUCAUGGGAUUUGGCUUGUACCUGAUGGACGGAAGUGUCAGUAAUAUCUAUAAAUUAGAUGCCAAGAAGAGGAUCAACCUGACCAAAAUCGACAAGUUCUUCAAGCAGCUUCAGGUGGUUCCACUCUUCGGGGACAUGCAGAUCGAAUUGGCGAGAUACAUCAAAACCAGCGCUCACUACGAGGAGAACAAGUCUCGGUGGACCUGUACGUCUUCGAGCAGCAGUCCCCAGUACAACAUCUGCGAACAGAUGAUCCAAAUCCGGGAGGACCACAUGAGGUUCAUUUCCGAGCUGGCCCGUUACAGCAACAACGAGGUCGUGACGGGCUCCGGUCGUCAGGAGGCUCGGAAAACCGACGCUGAGUAUCGGAAGCUCUUUGACCUCUCGCUCCAGGGCCUGCAGCUGCUAUCUCAGUGGAGCGCCCACGUCAUGGAAGUGUAUUCGUGGAAACUUGUGCAUCCCACGGAUAAGUACUCUAAUAAGGAUUGUCCGGACAACGCGGAGGAAUACGAGAGGGCAACCCGCUAUAAUUACACCAGUGAGGAGAAGUUUGCUCUGGUUGAGGUGAUCGCCAUGAUCAAAGGUUUACAGGUGCUGAUGGGCCGCAUGGAGAGCGUAUUUAACCACGCCAUCCGCCACACUAUUUACGCCGCCCUCCAAGACUUCGCCCAGGUCACCCUCCGAGAGCCCCUAAGGCAGGCCAUCAAAAAGAAGAAGAAUGUCAUCCAGAGCGUUCUUCAGGCCAUCAGGAAGACGGUCUGCGAUUGGGAGGCCGGGCACGAGCCCUUUAACGACCCGGCCCUGAGAGGAGAGAAGGACCCGAAGAGCGGCUUCGACAUCAAGGUCCCGAGACGGGCCGUGGGCCCGUCUAGUACUCAGCUCUACAUGGUGAGGACCAUGUUAGAGUCCCUCAUUGCAGACCGAAGCGGGUCCAAGAAAACGUUGAGAAGUUGCCUCGAAGGGCCCGCCAUUAUGGACAUCGAAAAGUUUCACCGAGAGUCGUUCUCCUACACUCACUUGAUAAAUCUCAGUGAAACCCUCCAGCAGUGCUGCGACCUGUCCCAGCUGUGGUUCCGGGAGUUUUUCCUGGAGUUGACCAUGGGCAGGAGAAUCCAGUUCCCCAUUGAGAUGUCGAUGCCGUGGAUCCUGACUGACCACAUUCUGGAGACCAAGGAGGCCUCGAUGAUGGAGUACGUCCUCUAUUCGCUGGACCUCUACAACGACAGCGCCCAUUACGCGCUGACCAGGUUCAAAAAGCAGUUUCUCUACGAUGAAAUCGAGGCGGAGGUGAACCUGUGCUUCGACCAGUUCGUCUACAAAUUGGCCGACCAGAUAUUUGGCUAUUACAAGGUGGUGGCCGGAAGCCUGCUCCUGGAUAAGCGGUUGCGCUCCGAGUGCAAGAACCAGGGCGCGACGAUCCACCUGCCGCCGUCCAACCGCUACGAGACCCUGCUGAAGCAGCGGCACGUCCAGCUCCUCGGAAGGUCGAUAGAUCUGAAUCGCCUCAUCACGCAGCGGAUCUCGGCGGCCGUGUCUAAGUCCCUGGAGCUGGCGAUUGGCCGGUUUGAAAGUGAGGAUCUGACGUCUAUCGUUGUAAGUACCGGCCCGCUGCUCAUCAUCGUCACUACGGGGAGGUCUGCCAAAUCCACAAGCGAGGCCGGGCUCGGGAGUCGCAGAGAGCACGACUGGGACGGGGAGAAGGAAAUGAUUUCGAUGCGGAAAUGGAAAGAGUUCAGCGCGGCUUGGCGGUAUUUAACGCUUCAGAGGUUUUCCGCUAAAGGAGGGGCCAUCCUAAUCCCAGAUCCUUCCCCAUUUCCCAAGCACAGACCGCUCUCAAUUCAGGCCUUUUCCAUAAAGUGCCGGGAAAGAUCGGUUCCUUGGAAUCUCCGCUGUUUCGGCCCGCGAAAGCGAAUCGUGGGCUACACUACGAACCAACACUCUCACACGGACACACUGACAAAACAGCCGAUUCAGGCAAACUCAGAGUCCUCCGCGGAUGCCAUUAGUGUAUUCCUGGGAUUGCCGCUCUUCCACUUCCCGCGCUGUUUUUCCGCUUCCCGCGCCGAUAUCCAGAAGGGAAGACAGAAAAACCUGGGGUUUCGCUCUUGCGGCUCCCAGAAGAAUGAGUUAGAGAUUUCCGAAUUUUGGGGGGGAGAAAGGAGGUCACAGGCACCUUAUGAAAUACGAGAAAUCCAUCCCAAUCCUUCCCUUUUUGUAGAUAUCCAUAUGGGAAGAUGGAAGAACCUGGGGUUUCGCUCUGGCGGCUCCCAAAAGAAUCAGUUAGAGAUUUCCGAAUUUUGUUGGGAGAAAGGAGGUGACAGGCACCUUAUAUCUGGAAGGGAAGACAGAGAUUCCAACGCUGUAAACCUGGGCUUUCGCUCUUGCGGCUCCCAGAAGAAUGAGUUAGAGAUUUCCGAAUUUUGGGGGGAGAAAGGAGGUCACAGGCACCUUAUGAAAUAUGAGAAAUCCACCCCAAUCCUUCCCUUUUCCAGAAGGGAAAAUAUCCAGAUUUCUGAAUUUUGGGCGGAGAAAGGAGAUAUCCAGAAGGGAAGAUGGAAAAACCUGGGGUUUCGCACUUGCGGCUCCCAAAAGAAUGAGUUAGAGAUUUCCAAAUUUGGGGGGAAUAUCCAGAAGGGAAGACGGAAAAACCUGGGGUUUCGCUCUUGCGGCUCCCAGAAGAAGGAAUAUCCAGAAGGGAAGACGGAAAAACCUGGGGUUUCGCUCUUGCGGCUCCCAAAAGAAUGA